CGCCGCUGCCGCCACAGUGCCUGCCUGAUCUUACUACCCGAUUCCACCUUUAGCACAACUGCGCUCAACGUGAAAGACGUAAAAUAGCCGACGAUGUCUUCUAUCGAUAAACUAGAAACGGGCAAGCAGCACAAGGAGACGGGUGAUCAAGCCUUCAAGACAGGGGACUACAAAGCAGCGUUGUCUGCAUACUAUAUGGCUUUGAUGUAUCUUCAAGGACUCGACAAGAAUGCCAUUCCUGGCAUGUCAGUCAUGCCUUCUCGGGCAGAAGAAGAAAAUGCUGACAAGAAACUAUCCGAGAUCGAUGAGAUUAUAAGCAAGAUUUAUGGAAACAUGUCUGCGUGCCACUUCUCUCAACAGAACUGGAAGCGUACAAUCGAGACCGCAGACAAGGCGCUCUCGAAGAACGAGAAGAAUUAUAAAGCUCUGUUUCGAAAGGGGAAGGCGUUAGGUGAGCAAGGAUAUAUCGAGAGGGCUAUCAAGGUUCUGGAAGACGUGAAGAAAAAGAACCCAGAAGAUGGUCCCAAGGCUGAUGCCGAGAUCGCGCGACUUAAUGCGAUCGAUAAAGCACGCGCAAAAGUCGAGCGGCAAAAGUUGAAAGGUUUCUUGACACGAGAGCCAAAGUCGAAAUCAAAGGCGGCGGCGACGACAACAGAUCCCGAGGAAGAAAUCGAAAGUAUCGUAUCCCCUGCCGUCGCGACCUCGUCCUAAACACUCCUUUCCUCUUGCUUUGGUCUUUUUUGUUGUAUGUUCUGAUGUCGCAAAUGUAUUUUCAGUUUCCUGCUUUCAAAGAUUUUCAAUGUAUCAAACGAACUACACAAGUGCAUAAUACAAUUAUAUU